GUUUGUGGAGUGAAUGAGGAGUACACCGAGUGUCCCGAGUUCACCAGACAAUGUGAAGCGUCUUGCGAUUGGACACGUUAUCCGGAAACAAUUCCGAAUUGUCCACGGACUUGUGGUACUCCGAAAUGUAUCUGCAAAGAGGGUUUCGUACGUGUCUCGAACGAGAACGAUACUUGUGUACCGUUCCAUUUCUGUUCCGAUGAGUUGCAAGAUAUUGAUAAGAUAAAGGACUGA